AUGGACACCACGUCUACUGAUAUCCUCUACACCACGUCUAAUAGUACCACUGACACCACGUCUAAUAGUACCACUGACACCACGUCUACUGAUAUCCUCUACACCACGUCUAACAGUACCAUUGACACCACGUCUAACAGUACCACUGACACCACGUCUACUGAUACCCUCUUCACCACGUUUAACAGUUCCACUGACACCACGUCUAAUAGUACCAUUGACACCACAUCUAACAGUACCAUUGACACCACGUCUAAUAGUACCAUUGACACCACAUCUAAUAGUACCAUUGACACCACAUCUAACAGUACCAUUGACACCACGUCUAAUAGUACCACUGACACCACGUCUACUGAUAUCCUCUACACCACGUCUAAUAGUACCACUGACACCACGUCUAAUAGUACCACUGACACCACGUCUUCUGAUAUCCUCUACACCACGUCUAACAGUUCCACUGACACCACGUCUAAUAGUACCACUGACACCACGUCUACUGAUAUCCUCUACACCACGUCUAAUAGUACCACUGACACCACGUCUAAUAGUACCACUGACACCACGUCUACUGAUACCCUCUACACCACGUCUAACAGUUCCACUAACACCACGUCUAACAGUAUCAUUGACACCACGUCUAAUAGUACCAAUGACACCACGUCUAAUAGUACCACUGACACCACGUCUGCUGAUAUCCUCUACACCACGUCUAAUAGUACCACUGACACUACGUCUAAUAGUACCACUAACACCACGUCUACUGAUACGACUAACACCACGUCUACUGAUAUCCUCUACACCACGUCUAACAGUACCAUUGACACCACGUCUAAUAGUACCACUGACACCACGUCUACUGAUAUCCUCUACACCACGUCUAAUAGUACCACUGACACCACGUCUAAUAGUACCACUGACACCACGUCUACUGAUACCCUCUACACCACGUCUAACAGUUCCACUAACACCACGUCUAACAGUAUCAUUGACACCACGUCUAAUAGUACCAAUGACACCACGUCUAAUAGUACCACUGACACCACGUCUGCUGAUAUCCUCUACACCACGUCUAAUAGUACCACUGACACUACGUCUAAUAGUACCACUAACACCACGUCUACUGAUACGACUAACACCACGUCUACUGAUAUCCUCUACACCACGUCUAACAGUACCAUUGACACCACGUCUAAUAGUACCACUGACACCACGUCUACUGAUAUCCUCUACACCACGUCUAACAGUACCACUGACACCCCGUCUAAUAGUACCACUGACACCACGUCUAACAGUACCAUUGACACCACGUCUAAUAGUACCACUGACACCACGUCUAAUAGUACCACUGACACCACGUCUAAUAGUACCACUGACACCACGUCUAAUAGUACCAAUGACACCACGUCUAACAGCACCAUUGACACCACGUCUAAUAGUACCACUGACACCACAUCUAACAGUACCAUUGACACCACGUCUAACAGUACCACUGACACCACGUCUAAUAGUACCACUGACACCACGUCUAAUAGUACCACUGACACCACGUCUAAUAGUACCACUGACACCACGUCUAAUAGUACCACUGACACCACGUCUACUGAUAUCCUCUACACCACGUCUAACAGUUCCAGUGACACCACGUCUAAUAGUACAACUAACACCACGUCUAACAGUACCAUUGACACCACAUCUAACAGUACCAUUGACACCACGUCUAAUAGUACCACUGAUACCACGUCUACUGAUAUCCUCUACACCACGUCUAACAGCUAUUAUACGUCUAAUGUGACCUCUGGCUUCAUCGUGUUCAUCGUCGUGAGUCAAGAUGAAUCUCGCGAGAACCAGGCUCAGGUAUGA